GCCGGCGGAGGGAGGCGCGGCGCCGGGUUGGCGCGUACGCGCCUGAGCGCGCGCCCGGUGGGGCGGGACGGGCCAGGAUUUACCUCUCGCACGCCCUUGGGCCGUGGCCGGGCCCCCGCUCUCCCUUCCGCUGAAGACGUGCUGUGUGCAGAGCCGGUGUAUGUGCGGUAAUAACAUGUCUUCUCCGCUGCCCGCCAUCGUGCCCGCCGCCCGGAAGGCCACCGCCGCGGUGAUUUUCCUUCAUGGAUUGGGAGAUACCGGGCACGGAUGGGCAGAAGCCUUUGCAGGUAUCAGAAGUUCACAUAUCAAAUAUAUCUGCCCGCAUGCGCCAGUUAUGCCCGUUACGUUAAAUAUGAACAUGGUUAUGCCUUCUUGGUUUGAUAUUACUGGGCUUUUACCAGAUUCACAUGAGGAUGAACCUGGAAUUAAACAGGCAGCUGAAAAUGUAAAGGCUUUGAUAGAUCAAGAGGUGAAGAAUGGCAUUCCUUCUAACAGAAUUAUUUUGGGAGGAUUUUCUCAGGGAGGAGCUUUAUCUUUAUACACUGCUCUUACCACACAGCAGAAACUGGCAGGUGUCACCGCACUCAGUUGCUGGCUUCCACUUCGUGCUUCGUUUCCACAGGGUCCUAUCAGUGGUGCUAAUAGAGAUAUUUCUAUUCUCCAGUGCCAUGGAGAUUGCGACCCUUUAGUUCCCCUAAUGUUUGGUUCUCUUACUGCUGAAAAGUUAAAAACAUUGGUAAAUCCAGCGAAUGUAACCUUUAAAACUUAUGAAGGCAUGAUGCACAGUUCAUGUCAACAGGAAAUGAUGGAUGUCAAGCAAUUCAUUGAUAAACUCCUACCUCCAAUUGAUUGAUGUCACUAAGAGGCCUUGUGUAGAAGUACACCAGCAUCAUUGUAGUGGAGUAUAAACUUUUCCCGUGCUCAAUCUUGAAAAUUCUGUUUGCAGUGUUAAAAUGUUUUGCAAAUACACGCCAAUGACACAGACUAAAUAAUGUCUCCUCAUGGGAAAUUUAUGAUCUUUUAAGUUUCUAUACAUGUUAUUUGUAUAUGAUCCAGAAUAUACUAGUAUUAAAAUAGGUGAAGCAACUAGCUUCUUUUUCUCAAAUGUAAUUCAACAAAAUAAUACUGCAACCAGAUUUUUUAUUACAUCAUUUGAAAAUUACUAGUAUGCUUAAUGAAAAUUUGUUCAGGUAUAAAUGAGCAGUUAAGAUAUACAUGAUUUAUGCAUGCUGUGACUUAGUCUAUGGAUUUGUUCCAAAAUUGCUUAGUCACCAUGCAGUGUUUGUAUUUUUAUAUAUGUAUUCAUAUAUAUGUGAAUCUGAUUGUAAUACAUAAUAAGAAUGAGAUGGUAUUACAUUAUUCCUAAUAAUAGGGAUAAUGCUUUUAAGUGUCAGUAAAAAGUAAUAAUGCUUCCUUCAAUUAAUGUCCCUUUUGUUUGGGGGACCAGGCUUUUCUUUUCCCUGACAUCAUUUCUGCUUUGUAUUCUUUUCUCUGGUAAGGAAAAACAGUGUGUUCUUUCUUUCUUUAUUGUCCUUCAUAGCAAACCAAAUAUUGCCUCCCUGCCAUAGAUACCUACUGUCGAUACAUGCUGUUGUUUGACAUUCUGAAUCACAGACAUGAUAUUAAAAUUUAUUUAUAUUUUAUAAAGAAACCAGAUAUUACUUAAAACUUCCUGCACCACUUAUUUCAAAUAACUGUACCUUAGUCCAAAUUUACACUUAUUUGGUUUUUAGAAUCUUUAAUCCAGGUAACAGAGGAAUAAUUCGGUGGUUUUAUUUUUCUGCAAGCAACUGAAAGGAUAAUUAGGUCAUCUUCUAGUAUGUUUUGAAAUAUUUAAGACUGAUCUUCAAAAACUAAUUUCUAAGAUGAUUUGGUAUCUUUGUAGCAUAGAGUUUAAGUUUACUUAUUUUGUACAUAUGUUUGAAACCAACUACUGUAGAAAAUCAGCAAUCCAUUAGAAAAUUUUGCUUUACUUUUAUCUGCCAGUAAACUUAUUUGAAAUUUUCACUUUAGUCAAAUGAUUUUUUAAAUUAGGUUUUUUAGCAAUCGUUUUAUUUUAAAUAAACGAAAUUUCCAGAUUAAUGAUCAAAAUUAUUUCAAAAACAAAUCCAUGGGUAAUAAAGGUUAAUGAGAACCUGUAUGGAUGGUGUAGGUACAUCCUUAAUAUAUAGCAAAAACAUAUGCUUUAUAAUUCUGAACUGUGUUAAUUUUUCUGCUGUAUUCCAAAUGACCGAAACAAUGUUAAGAAUGCAUCUUUGUAAACAGGUGCUAAUAGAUAAUGGAAAUAAUUUAGUAAUGGACUAUGUAAGGUGUUAAUAAUGAAGCCAUAUGUUUAUGUCUAGAUUUAAAAGUUUUAAACAAUCAUUUACUAAGUCGUUUUGCAUUACCUUGAAGAACAUAAACUGUUGUUUCAGUUAUACAAAUCAGCAAGAUCUUAUUUAUGGUAAGAAAUAUUCCAUUGAAAUGUUGUGCUGUAAUGUGGGGAAAAUGUAAAUGUUUUUCACGGUUCUAUCAAUGUGAAGUAAAAUUUAAUUCUAA